AUGGCGCUGAAGAAGGUAAAAGACGAACUUGGUACUACCUUGUAUUUCACGGGACGGCAGACGAGGAGAUCAAGACUUUCUGCUAGUCCAUCAACAGUUUCCGGUACGGACAAAACUGAUGAUGCAGAGGAAAAGUUUACAUUUGAAAGCAAACAAAGGUUAAGCAUUUUACCACGAUCAACCGAAAACCAUGAUAUACUGAGAAGCAAGCGUAGAAGAAUUCAAGUCAAAACCGAGAACGACCCAAAAGGUUUGAUCGCAGAAGCUAAACCUAAAAAGCAACGCGUAACUCAAGUCAAUUUCAAGGAGAACCUACCUACGCAGCCUCCACCACAUUUUUGGCCGAUGUACAAUGAGAUCAAGAAAGUGAGAAGCAGGAUAAAAGCGCCUGUUGAUGAAAUGGGCUGUGCAAAUGUGGCGACUACAGUUUCUGGUCUCUCCGAGGGAAAAGUAUACAGAUUCCAGUGUCUUAUAUCGUUGAUGCUUUCUUCGCAAACUAAAGAUGAGGUCAACUUUCAAGUGAUGAAAAUAUUACAGGAUUACUUUCUUUCUAAAGGUUACAAACAUGGUUUAUCAUUGGAGGCCAUACUCGACACCGACGAACUCGUCUUGGAUCAGCUAAUUUAUAAGGUUGGUUUUCAUCGAAGAAAAGCGACAUAUAUAAAGCAAACGGCUAAGAUUCUUCAUGAGAAAUACAAUGGAGAAAUCCCACGAACAAUUGAAGAGAUUACCUCCUUUCCUGGUGUCGGUCCAAAAAUGGGAUUCUUGUUAUUGCAAAUAGCUUGGAAUAUCAACACCGGUAUAGGAGUGGAUACACACAUGCAACGAAUGGCAAAGAUAUUCAAAUGGGUACCACCAAGCAAGAAUAUGAGUCCCGAAUAUGUUAGACGAUGUUUUGAAAGUAUGCUUUCAGAUCACAAAGAAGAAUGGUCAAGAAUCAAUCCCAUUCUAGUUGGUUUUGGGCAAGUUGUUUGUCUGCCUCAGAGGCCACGAUGUGACGUCUGCCCUUUGUCAAGGACAGGCAUUUGCCCUGCAGUCGAUAAAGCUUUGUUGAAAAAGGCUGAUCUUGACAAAAAGAAUGGCAUCAAAAUUGAGUCGAAAAGCCGAGGCGAUCUAUCCAAUUUGAUCAAAGACAUUGAAGAUUUACGUUAA